CCUGUCCCACCCACUUCUUCAAAGUUGUCUAGGCUACGCCACUGAGAAAGACCCAUUUCUGAACGCUGUGAACCAAAGCUGACUUCUGUCUUAUUUAUCGGUUAAAUUGAGAUAGGGAAACCAGGAUGUCCAACACUGUCAUACCCGUGAACUCUUCAACGCUCAUCAUUCAGCUGCAACCAGCAACACAAACAGCACCGGUGACGAUGGACCCAAAUGCUCCUGAGCCUAGUUAUGCACAACAGAUGACGGGAGCUUCACCUCUUCAAGGACUUCAGGCAUUUCUGAAAGGACAACCGAAAGCCCUUGGGACGGUCCAGAUAAUGAUCGGUGUGAUGACUUUCCUGUUUGGCAUUGUGUCUACACUUUAUGUUGAAUCCAUCUUUGUCUAUACUGGUGUUACUUACUGGGGAGCUCUCAUUUACAUUAUCUCAGGUUCACUCUGCAUUGCUGCAGAAAACAAAAUUAAGUCUCCCUCCAGUUUGUGUUUGGUGAAAGCUUCACUGGGAAUGAACAUUUUCAGUACGAUAACCGCAGGCAUUUCAAUUAUUAUUCUUUCAGUAUAUUUUGUUAUACAGCCAUACCCUAACUGCAAUUACUGUAAUUCAACGGUAAUGUAUAAGACUCUCUUCAGGGGAAUCGGAGGUGUAUUAAUAUUAUUUGCCGUGCUCGAGUUUAUCAUCUCCAUCUGUCUGUCAGCAUUUGCCUGUAAAGCCAAUGCCUUCAGUUCUACUUCUCUGAUGCAGCUUGCGCGGGGUUUAUCACCACAGUCCUCUAAUUUCACGCGUUUACAUGAACAUAACAGCUCAGAGACACCUGUAGCUAGCAGCUCUUCCAUUCAUCACCAGUCUGCAGACACUCCUCCACAAUACAGUGAAUCCAAAUAAAAAUGAAUACAUGGGCUGUUACCUUAUGAAACAAAAUAUAUGUGGGAAUGUAUUAGAAAAUAUAAUGCGAUAUAUUCAUUAAUAUAUCUAUAUAUUGCUAUUGUAAUCUUAUAUUUUUUCUACAUACUGCAAUAUAUACUGCAUCAUAAUUUUACAUGUAAUAGCUUUAUUAAAACACUCGAUUUCAAUUAAAAAAAUUAAUGCUUAGGUUCACAUAUAGCUGAACGCAAACUUUUCUCUCACUUUAAUGUUUGCAUAGUUACACAUUCAGUAUAAGAAAAUAUCUGUGAUGUAUAAAAGGAAACUGUACUGAAAAAUUAAAAGUUUUGGACUUUUA